UGUGCUUAAUGUUGUUUAUUUGGUAUUUUAUUUGAUUCAAUUUUCUAUUAACGUGAUUAACUGUAGACCAAGAUGAAUGCGCCUCCAGCAUUUGAAUCUUUUCUUCUUUUUGAAGGAGAAAAAAAAAUCAUCAUUGAGAAGGAAACUAAAGUACCGAAUGCUGCCAUUUUCACUGUUAAUAAGGAAGAUCACACUUUGGGUAAUUUGAUUAGAUGUCAAUUGUUGAAGGAUCCAAAUGUUAUAUUCGCUGGUUACAAAGUACCUCAUCCAUUGGAACACAAAUUCAUCCUUAGAGUGCAAACAGUUGGAGAUUAUACUCCUCAAGAUGCUCUGAAAAACGCACUAAGUGAUCUGAAUGCGGAAAUUUCUUAUAUCGAAGAAAGAUUCAAGAGAGCGAUUACUGAUCAAAAUGAGAAUUAAUCUAUUAUUCAAUCAACUAUGAAUCUUUGUUCAUCAUCCAUCUCGUUUAAAUGAAUAACAAUAAAACUGUCGAACGAAAUAGUUCAAUCAUUUUAUUGGUUCAAAUAUCGAUUUCGGUGAUAA